GUCCUUGGCGGGUAAUAUGAGUGACUUGAAGCCCAAGCUUGCCUUCUCAUUUCUUCAGCGGAAAAAGCAACUAGUUUAUAAUCCUAAAGUUACAUCUUUGGAUGCAAAUAAUGGCGAAGUUACUAUUGAAGAGAAAAAGGAAUUCAUCACAUCAAUUGAAGAUAAAAUAAUGCAUGUAUAUGUGUGUUGUUAAUUUAUCACUUUAGUUGUUCAACUGCAAAAAAAGAAGAGCAACUUGUCAUACCAUUAAAGCGUAGUAAAAACAUCUUCCAGGAGCGGAUGAGAAAGAAUUUCUUGCCAGCUGAGUCCUUAGACCCCCUUACGCUUCAGGCGUUGCAAGAAAUUAAAGAAGGUAUUUUAUUGUUUCCCAGUACUUUUAAAUAUCUAGAGAGCCAAGCAUUUUCAAGUGAUUCACAAAAUGUUCAUGUAAAUUUCGAUCUUAAAAUAUCUGCCAAUAGUUCUGAAACCACCGAGGAAACUGAGAAUGCAAACUAUGAUGCUAUCCCUAUUGAAAAGUUUGGUGUAGCUCUCUUGGCUGGAAUGGGUUUUGAUCCAAAAUCUCUUGAUAGCUCUAAAAGAGAGGUUUUACUACCUCAGAGACCAAAGGGACUCGGGCUAGGCGCAGACCCAACUGCAGUUCAAGAUGCUAAACAAGAAUUACUGAAAUCUAAAAUAGAAAAACUAACAUGGGACCCCGGAGCGCGUUGUCAGAUCGUAUUAGGAAAAAACAAGGGUCUUUAUGGCACGGUUAGUGAAAAAAAUGUUUCUGAUUUAUGUUAUUUCGUCAGAUAACUGGUUUUUACAUACUGAAUCUCAGUUACAUAAGUCCACUUUAGUAGUUGUACUUUUGAAUAAGUAGUUGUAAGUCGUAAACUAGGCAACAUCUCAGAGCACGGUGUAACAGCAUUGUGCACAGUGGGUAAGUUUAGUUGAUUCUUGUAAAAAUUAUAACUAAAAAUGAAAAACUUGUGUAGCUAAUUUCGGCUAUAUCUUUUAAUAAUAAUGAGAAUAGCUCCAUCGAUACAAUGGUAUUUUCCACCUUACGCAAUGCCAUAAAUCUCCGAGCAGGAUCUAAGUGUAGUUAUCAAUCUUAUUUUGCGUUCAUUUUGAUGUACUUAAAUAACUCAGCUUUCAGUCUUCAAGAAUCAGUAGCCAUCCUUUGUCCACUUGAAACUGUAGUUAGAUUCCAAGCGGGAAUCUCAAACUUUUCAAGUGACUUAACAGUUUUGUAAAAUCUUAUAAUUGUAGCACACAUAAAUACUCACUUGUUGCGUCCCUCUAUACAUCUACUUCAGCGUGAUUGAUGUAAAGGACACUCACAAAAUGUUAUCAGUCAUAAUUCACGACUUGAGUAUCGGAUUAUGAAAGCCUAAACACAUUUUCAACCCUUCAGUCAUCUUAUUUGUAGAGCAGUCAAUGUUUCAGUUUUAACCUGUAACGGGCAUGUAUCAUGAUUACUUACAAUCUUAAUGGCCCCUAAAUACCCUGGUGCGGCCGAGGGUGAAGAAAGCCCGCUCUCCCUCUCGAAAUGCUCUCACAUGGUCCUGCGUAUACAGAUAUUCCCAGGGAAGUCCUACUCACUGCCUCCUCGCAGCUAGGUGUUGUUUACGAAAUUGAGAGGACAAAAAAUUGUCCGACUCUUUAACCGGGUUGGUGGGUACGGAGGAUCCACCUCCGGGAGUUGGAAAACCCUGAUUCCAAACCAAUGGUGCACGUGGGCUCUAGUAUCCUAAGGAAAAAAGGUGUAUAAACCAAUCGUUGGUCACCGGCUACCAUGGGACUGCAUCUCCUUACGAUGCUCCACUGCCUUGUGGAUCAGACCUUCAGGUCGAAGGCUCGGGAUGUGGCCCUCUAGGAAAACCACCUGCUUCGAUUUGGGCACCCGGGCAGUAUCACAGCCCUCACACAAAUCAAUGAUAACUGUUACCCCCCUCAUUGUAAUUGUGUGGCGCACAUGUAUUUGGUGCCCCCUUGUACCAAUUUGUAUGUGUUUAAAUAAGUAUACUGUAUAGGUUUCAUUCGAAAAUGAUGGGAUAUGAUUUACCAUGCUUAGAGUAAGCACUUCCCGUCCUAAUUCUUAUUAUUUUACAAGAGGUUAUGAAGAUUUAUCACUCAACACGCUUUCACUCAUUGUCUAUCAGGAAUAUUGGAUCACCAUUUCAGUUCGAAUUUAUUAUAGAUAUACUCUAUGAUUCCCUAAAGGUCAAACCCCCUAGCUAGCUACCCGUCGCAGAUACUGUCUUUGUGGUUCAGGUUCUCUAGAUUUUGGAAGUUAGUAAUUAUUGGUUCCUCUUGUAGACAUGGCCAAACCACUCAAAAAGGCGGUUAUAUAUUAGUGUCUAAAUUCGUAAGUCACAGACUUCUUGUUACUACAUACUUGUCCGUCCCUUGUUGGUUUCCUGUCAAUUAUUGUUUUGGUUUUCUAUUUUGCUCAUUCACUCUGUUCAUGCUGUUGUAGUUUACGCUAGCUUGAGUGAUUUGUUUUUAUAUUUGAUUCCACAUAGUUUCGUUCGUUUAUUUGUAUGGAUACCUAAAGUACAAAUUAGUUUGUGAUGGGCUUUGAUAUUUCGAAAGUUUAUUUUCUUCCGUACAUUUUUUCCAUUUACAUUUUCUGCUAUUUGAGUGAUAAAAUAUGAGCUGGUAAAUUUAUUUGAACCUCAGUUUUAUAGAUUUUUAAAUUCAUUGAAAUCAAUAUUGGUGCAUACAUCUUUAAUGAUGUAAAAUUACCGAAUAGAAUUUAAAGUCACGCAGGACUUUAUGUAGUUUCAUUUUUCUGGUAAUAUGUUAGCUAGAUUGAAAAAAGUACCGACGUUGGAAAAUCUCAAGUUUUCAAAGUAACUGAAAAACUACGUAAACAUAUCCUCGGAAAACACUACCACUUACGUCGGUUUGUUGUUUUACGUUAAGUGGGAGUAUAAUUUAAGAAGCUUCAAGGUAACCAGCCAAACUAAUACUUAAAGUCUGGCUGUUUGUCUGAGCCACAUACACUUCCUGGAUAAGUUACUCACAAUAGUUAGAAUUGAUGGCUUAGAAUCAACCUUUGGAGUACACGUGCAUUCAGUACAUUUUUAUUAUGUCUGGAACUUCUUAAUCCGGGUUCUAACUUCUUUCUUUUAUCCUUUCCUUGUAUUUUAUUCAUCAGUAUAGAUGUCAUUGCUUAUAUUCUUGCUUUUUCUACUGUUGCGUUUUCUAUUCACCAUGAUCGAUGUAUGACAUUAUUUGAAUUAGUGAACAGCAAUCUCAGACAUUAAGUUGUCUAUAUCUUUUUCACUUCAGUAAUUAAAAGGGAACAAAGUCAUUCUCAGGAAAUUUAACGUCACAUUUAUAUUUAAUAAAGUGUAUUUUCAGAUGCAAAAUGCCCGAGUAAAACUCACAUCAAUGGACAAACAUUUUUGCUUGCCCAUAGCACUAUUUUUCUUCCUAAAGAUACCGCAGUUUAAAUAAAAGUACCAAUACUUUGCUGAUCACUACACCUAUUAUAAUUGCCAUCUUAAACGAAGGUGCGGAGGUAACAUACCUAAAACUACUCACAAAACAGCUAUAUGUGACCGGUCUCAACACAGUUUUUCUUUUGGAGUUGUGAUCACGCUACUAGGUCUUCAAAACCACUUCUAAUCCAGUUUCCUCUUCAGAGCCCUUAAAAGAAUGUGUUCCAUAUUUUUGGCGAAUAACAAUAGCCACUACCGUGCCUUUACCAUACUCGAGAUUACCUUUAUUUUCACGCUCCUCUAUGAAAUGUGUUGUAUAAGUCUUACUGACCAACAUAUAAGUAGGUAAAAAUCACUCACACCAUUCUUAUAAAUCCUUAUUUUGUUCUAGACUAGAUUUCCUAAGUUUAACCACUUGAAAUUUUAAAAAGCUUUUUUUCCUUUCUCACCAUAGUUUUCUUCAAUUUGAUGUCUUUGAAUAUACUUUUCAGGAAGUUAAUUGUACUUAUAAUCGUGUCUUUCCAGAGGUUGUGACGAUUAGUAGUCAAGGUUUUUCCGUUAAGGUGAAACAACCUAUUUUUAAUUUAUGUAAAAUUUCCUUAAAGGAUGAUCAUAUUUGUCAGUUAUUUGGUCUAGGACAAACUAUGUAAAGAUAUCAGAUAUUACUUGUCACGAGAUCGUUCAUUUAAGACGAAUAUAAUUAUUAUUAGAGGGAACCUUUUGUAUUCUAAUAUCUUGAAAAUCUAUUUUCUGUCUUUUAAGAGAAUAUUUCCAUUUCUCCCUAAAUGUCUAGUUAGAAGGGCUAGAUGGAGACACUGGUCGUGUGAUUAUUAGAUUAAAAGUUUCGAAAGAAGCAGUCACGGUACUUCAACAUACUGUCCGUUUGGUUCCUAUCAAAGAAUAUGCUGCGUACUCAAAUUGUAUAAGUAAGUUUGUAUUUUUGAUCCAUCUAUGUAUUUCAACUAUCCUGUUUCAUAUAUUUCCUGACUGUGUCAUUCCAAUAAAACCAGUACUUGUUUGUGAUUUAUUUAUAAACCCUUAUUUCUCGUGUAAAUAUCUACCAUCACCCAUAACUUCUCACAUAAUUAAACUUAUGAAUAUUCUAAAAGUAUCAACAUUUUACAGUCUAUUAGAUUUCAUGUGAAAAUCUUAACACUACUGAUUUAUCCAGUAGGUUUAAAAUUGGUGGAAUCUUUUGAAAGUGUACUGUAUUAUUAUCAUAUAAACAAAUGCAUCGUCACAUUGAAUAAAUUAGGUUAAAGUGUGAAGCAAUCAUCAUUAAAGUGUUCAUUUAUUUAGCUGCUUUGCACAUAACUAUUUGCUACUGUGAUACUAUCAAUUUAAUCACGAUUGACGGAGAAGAUUGGGAAGAUGUAAAAACCUUUACAUAUUUAGGCAGCAUCAUUGAUGAACACGGUGGAUCUGAUGCAGAUGUGAAAGCGCGGAUCGGAAAAGCAAGGGCAACAUAUUUACAACUGAAGAACAUCUGGAACUCAAACCAACUGUCAACCAACACCAAGGUCAGGAUUUUCUAUGCAAAUGUCAAGAAAGUUCUACUGUAUGGGGCGGAAACCUGGAGAACUACGAAAGCCAUCGUCCAGAAGAAACAGGUGUUUAUUAACAGUUGUCUAUGCAAAAUACUUCGGAUCCGUUGGUCGGACACUAUUAGCAACAACCUACUGUGGGAGAUUAUUUAUUUUAACAUAUAGAUAUUGGUACAAGGAGGCACCAAAUACAUAUGCGCCACACAGAUCUCAUUUGAUAUGUGUGAGGGCUGUGAUACUGCCCGGGUGCCCAAAUCGAAGCAGGUGGUUUUCCUAGAGGGCCACAUCCCGAGCCUUCGACCUGAAGGUCUGAUCCACAAGGCAGUGGAGCAUCGUAAGGAGAUGCAGUCCCAUGGUAGCCGGUGACCAACGAUUGGUUUAUACACCUUUUUUCCUUAGGAUACUAGAGCCCACGUGCACCAUUGGUUUGGAAUCAGGGUUUUCCAACUCCCGGAGGUGGAUCCUCCGUACCCACCAACCCGGUUAAAGAGUCGGACAAUUUUUUGUCCUCUCAAUUUCGUAAACAACACCUAGCUGCGAGGAGGCAGUGAGUAGGACUUCCCUGGGAAUAUCUGUAUACGCAGGACCAUGUGAGAGCAUUUCGAGAGGGAGAGCGGGCUUUCCUCACUCUCGGCCGUACCAGGGCAUUUGGGGAGAGAUCAAACCAGAUCCCAUUGGAGGAAGAAAUCAGGAAGAAGCGCCCGAAGUGGAUAGGACACACAUUGAGGAAAGCACCCAACUGCAUCAAAAGACAAGCCCUCACAUGGAAUCCUCAAAGGCCAAAGGAAAAGAGGAAUAUGAAAAAACACAUUACGCCGGGAAAUGGAGAUAGACAUGAUAAAAAUGAACAAGAAUUGGAUGGAACUAGAGAAGAAGGUCCAGGACAGAGUGGGUUGGAGAAUGCUGGUCGGCGGCCUAUGCUCCAUUUGGAGUGACAGGCGUAAGUAAGUAAGUAAGUACUGUGAUACUAUCUGAUUAUUUACAACAAAUUUUCUCUAAUCUCUUGUGUAUUGAUAAUUUCAUAUGUGGUUGCCCUCUGUUCAAAAACUAACUUGCUAGUUACAAUACUUAACCUUCAGCCACUAGCUUGUUAGUGUAAAUCCCGCUCUCAAACUUUCACUUAGUCGCUAGACCCUUAGUUAAGUGCAUAAAUUUGUAUUCGGCCACGAAAUUGCAUUAACCAUUAAAGUCGCUAAUCUCAUUGCUGUUGGAAUUCCAAGCAUGCUGAAGUUCAUUUCAAAUGUAUUCUUGAAUUAGAAUGAAUAUUGAGUUAAAGUAGAGCUCUGUGUAUAACUUUUGUGGGUUAUAAAAAGGAAGUAAAGCCAUGAUAUAUCGAGAUUACCUCUGUGACAUAUAGAAUGAUGAAGAAAUAGAAAUUAAUGAACGAAAUGCUUAACUUAUGGCAAUUUGUUGUAUUGAUUGGAUAAAGGUAUAUAAGAUCUAUUUUUAUUGCUUCAAUAAACUCAAAGAUUUAUAUGAGAUCAUAAACCGAUCAAUUUUAGGCCACCAUUGAUAACCUGGAAGCACUAAACAGGCAUUUUAUUCUAGUGAGAAGCUGUGACCAGUGAAGUUCAACCAUGUCGGAUGUGACGCAGUCACCUACCGAAGACAAUCGAAGAUUGUCGCGCAACACCGUGGACUGAUUGAAGCUAGACAUUAACACCGUUGAAUGUCGGUUCAGCGUUUGCGCGAGACCAAAGGUCCCAUACCCAGUCCCACGUUUGGGAUCGUGGACGCGCACUUCUUAGGGGUCUCAUACUAGUACUUCCAGGUUUUCAAUGGUGGUUUAACACUGAUCAGUUCGUGAUCUCAAUCAAAACUCAACUAUCUCCACAACCCUAUAGUGAAGGUCAAAGAUUUGAAGCAAAAGUACAUACCAUCGAUGUUAUACAGUGAAUUAAUAGAUUUAUAUGCACAAUUAUACUAGAAUAUAUCAUACAUUUUGCUUUCUAUUUUUGAAUUUAAAUUUUUGAUUUCCAAAAUUUGGACCUGCUUUAUCGAUUAUUUUUUGCAAAUAUGUGAAUAAUUCAACCUCCUCUUACAUGAAACGAUGCUCAACGUACAUACUUUCUUGAUAAUAUCAAUUCUAGACCAAAAUCAAGUUGAUGAAUAUAAAGCACGCGAAGCAGAACAGUUAUUACUGAAAUCUAAUCAUAAUUCCGACUCUGACCCGCCGGGAUCAAAAUCGACUAGAUAUGAACAAUCGACACAUAGUGACUCUAUUCGUAAAACAUCGAAUAUCUCUAAAGAGGAUAAACCACUAAAGUAAUAUUUACAUUUUACAUAACCACUAAUUUUGUUAGUUUGUAUAUUUUUUGAUGUCAUAUUAUGAUCAUUUAAGUUUUAACCACAGUGAGGGUUGUUGUUGGUGAGGAAAAAACACUUGACCACACAAGGAACUAAUUGGUCUGUUGGGAAACGUCAUGUGUGAAAUAACCAAAUAAGUUUAUAUCUUUGAAAUCACUAACUGGUCUUAUCUGGGAGCGCUGAAAGACCGUUUCUUCAUAGCAUGGGACUCCUCAUCAUUGAUCAUCCACUAUCCCACUCGUGAGAGUCGAACCCAGGACCGUAGGUCUCGCGCGCGAACGCCUAACCCAUAGUUCAUGCUUGUUUAAAAUUUCUGUUUUACUGUAUGGCGGUUUAUGUAUCACUCAUUAAUAGUUCAGUUUAACUCGGUAACGAAAUACAGGUUCAUUUGCUUGGUUUUGAACCGCACUUUUCUCAUAUGUAGGGGCUCCUGAUAAUGCUGUCCAGUUGAAGAAUUCAGAUUUUGACGGAAUAAAUUUGAAAUUCGCUAUCAGUGGUUUACAUUUAACCGAAAAACAGCUGGCAAUCAAAAAUUUAAACACUUGUAUCAUAAUUGUUCCCACUAAUUUUAAUUCUGAAAGUGAAUAGUAGUUUGGUUUAUAAUUUUGAGAGGAAGUCAAGCAUAUGUUGUUAGCUGUUAUCGGAAAAUACUUUUUCUACGUGACACAAUUUUACAUAUAUAAUUAUAUUACUUAUGAAUAGCUAUUAUUCUAUUGCUCAAUUUUCUUGCCAUUGUUUUAUUCGUUGAGAAGACAGUGAAUUGGUCUACUCCACCGCAAUCAAUUCUGAGCUGUGUCACCCAAUGUCUCCAACCAUUGUCUACGACAAUAGCGAUGGCCCCAACCUGAGGUCUUACAUCUAUCAAUAGGGCGCAAUCCAGAAGUUAAUGACUCCAUAGAUCUUGAUUAAUUUUUAGUUAAAUCUAAAAGCAUUUUCUGACCUCAUUCCAGCGAUCCUAUCCGGUUACUUAAAUAUCAAUAUCUACAUAUUAUUACUAAUUUCAUACGUAAUUGAUGUAAAUUAUAGCAUGAUGCUCAAACCUCUGUUUAGUUAGUGAAUCGUACAUAAUCUAAAUGACGUUUUUUGUAAUGUACAACUAGAAAUCUACAUAUCACUUUGCUGAAGAUAAUUCUUUAUUAGAAGGUACGUUUCUUAUAGCAACCGUAAAGUGACUGUGAGAAUAAUAAUAUAAAAAUCAUAUAGGGGGAUGCGGUUGUGCUGUAUAUUGUGAAAUAUUAUAACUGUUAACUCAUUAGUAACUAAACUUAAUAAUCAUCGAUACAAUUAUUUCGACUGCUUUUAUUUUGCAUCUUAUGAACUUCCCUUUACUGUAGUGACAUGAGAUUUAGAGACUUGGGCUGAUAUACAUUUUUACCAGGUAUUACAUCGUUCUUAAUUAACUGAUUACUGUUGUUUAAUUAGCUGGUUAUUAUCAUUAGUCGUCAAAGAACUUGAACUCAAGUGCACGAACCUACUUAGAUUUGGCGACUCAGUUGCUUAUUCAUAAUUAUAUCAUUUAGUGUUUUCUUAGAUUGUCAAAAAUAUAGUUCUUCUUCUUUUUAUAUAUAUAGAUGUUUUCUUUCCGCUUCUGUAGAUGUGAACCAAAUAGACCAUCUGGUGGUAUAUCUUGGUUAAGACCGAAAUUAAUUGUUCGAUGUUUAGAUCGAAAUUAUUGUGGUGGAAAAUAUAAUAAAGAAAAGUUAAUUAUUAUUUCUAUCGACGGUAGUCGAUGCAGCUGUAAAACAGAAUCUGGUCAGAUAAUCGAAGGUCUUCCUAUAAAGUAUUUACAAACAAUUAUACCGCAUGAAAUAAAUUCAGUUUUAAUGAUUGUAAACGGAGAAAGAAGUGGUCAGCGUAGAAAAUCCGUUCAUUAUGUAAUGUUUAUCGGUUAUUGUUAUCUGAUUUUUGCUCUUGGUUAAACUAAAUAUACAAAGCUACCAUAAAUUAUUGCUAUAGGCCGUCUACCCAAGCACAAUUUUCUAACCGCUUGCACGAUUAAUUAGACGUGAUAGUCGUAACCAAUUAGUGGAUGUAAAAACUCGAUCUGGAAUCCCUUUGCAAUAUCAUUUCGAUUGUGUAUGUGCCAUACAUGAUCCAUUCGGGAAUUGAUAGAAAAAAAUAAUUUACGACAUUCUUGAAUGUUUGGAAUUUUUGUAAAUAGUAUUUUUUUUUUUACUUAUUUACAUAUAAAAAUAAAAAGAUCAUCUGAAAAAUUAGAAAUGUCUAUUCCUAAUUGUUUCUCCUCAUUUUACAGUUUAGUUUUUCUAAAGCUACUGUUGAAUAAAAAAACUUAAUUCUGAGAUCAUAUAAUUGUGUUUAAUUGACAAACUUGGGUAAAAUCAUGUACUCACUAAUUACUAGCUUCGAGAGGUAAUUCUCGGAGUUCUAAUGAGAAACCACAUCCAAUAAGGCUAAUCCGUGUCGGGGCAUUUACCUACCGAAGGCAAUAGAAGACGGUCGCACAAUAUCGUGGAGUAGUUGAAGUUAGACUUCAGUGGUCCAGAGGUUAAGUGUUGGCGCGCGAGACCAAAUAUCCUGGCUUUGAAUUUUGCGUGUGGGAUCGUGGAUGCACACUGC